UGUCGUAAAGGGUGAAUGGAGAGAGUUGUGGGGGAAAAGGAGGGAGGACAGGGGGCGCGGAGUCGGAGUGGCGCAGCAAGUGGCUGCAGGUGGAGGGGGUAGAGGUGAGGUCGUCCCCCCGCGGCGGAGGGGGUCUGAGAGGGGUCGGGGGACGUCCCGUUGCGGCCUGGCCUGCCGGCCCGGAGGCCAGGGCCCCAGCCUGGGGACAUGGACCUCAACCGGAUCAUCCAGGCGCUGAAGGGCACCAUCGACCCGAAGCUGAGGAUUGCGGCCGAGACGGAGCUGAACCAGUCUUUCAAGAUCAUCAGCUUUGCCCCCAGUUUGCUUCGGAUCAUAGUCUCUGACCAUGUGGAGUUCCCGGUCCGUCAGGCUGCCGCCAUCUACCUGAAGAACAUGGUGACGCAGUACUGGCCAGAUCGGGAGCCUCCGCCUGGAGAAGCAGUAUUUCCAUUCAACAUUCACGAGAAUGACCGGCAGCAGAUCCGAGAUAACAUCGUGGAAGGGAUCAUUCGGUCUCCGGAUCUGGUGAGAGUCCAGUUAACAAUGUGUCUCCGAGUCAUCAUUAAACAUGAUUUUCCUGGUCACUGGCCUGCGGUGGUUGACAAGAUAGACUACUACUUACAGUUACAGAACACUGGGACCUGGCUUGGCAGUCUGCUGUGCUUGUAUCAGCUGGUGAAGACCUAUGAAUACAAGAAGGCGGAGGAAAGGGAGCCUCUCCUCGCUGCCAUGCAGGUAUUUCUGCCGAGGAUUCAGCAGCAAAUUGUGCAGCUGCUCCCUGACGCCUCCCACCACUCUGUGUUGCUGCAGAAGCAGGUUCUGAAAAUCUUCUAUGCGCUGGUUCAGUACUCGCUGCCUCUUCAGCUAGUGAGUCACCAGACCAUGACCACGUGGAUGGAGAUCUUCCGGACCAUCAUCGACAGGACGGUCCCUCCUGAGACUCUUCAGAUUGAUGAGGAUGACCGAGCAGAGCUGGUGUGGUGGAACUGUAAGAAGUGGGCCUUGCACACUGUCACACGUCUCUUUGAAAGGUAUGGAAGCCCAGGAAAUGUCACGAAAGAAUACUUUGAAUUUUCUGAAUUUUUUUUGAAAACCUACGCAGUGGGAAUUCAGCAGGUACUCCUAAAGAUUCUAGACCAAUACAGACAGAAAGAGUACGUGGCCCCCCGUGUUCUUCAGCAGGCGUUCAACUACCUCAACCAAGGGGUCGUCCAUGCUGUGACCUGGAAGCAGAUGAAGCCACACGUACAGAGUAUCUUCGAAGACGUGAUUUUUUCGGUGAUGUGCUAUAAAGACGAGGAUGAAGAGCUGUGGCAGGAAGACCCGUACGAGUAUAUCCGGAUGAAAUUUGAUAUUUUUGAAGAUUACGCCUCUCCUACCACAGCAGCCCAGAACCUCCUGUAUACUGCUGCAAAGAAAAGGAAAGAGGUACUGCCCAAAAUGAUGGCGUUCUGUUACCAAAUCCUAACAGACCCGAACUUUGACCCUAGGAAGAAAGAUGGAGCCCUGCAUGUGAUUGGUUCUCUAGCUGAGAUUUUGUUGAAGAAGAGUUUAUUCAAGGACCAAAUCGAGCUGUUUCUGCAGAAUCAUGUAUUUCCGUUACUACUGUCUAACCUGGGAUAUCUUCGCGCUAGAUCCUGCUGGGUGCUUCACGCCUUUAGUUCUCUGAAGUUUCAUAAUGAGCUGAACCUCAGAAAUGCAGUUGAGUUGGCGAAGAAGAGCCUGAUUGAAGAUGAGGAGAUGCCUGUUAAGGUCGAAGCUGCCCUCGCGCUGCAGUCCCUGAUCUCUAACCAGAUGCAAGCCAAGGAGCACAUGAAGCCACACGUGAGGGCCAUCAUGCAGGAGCUGCUGCAUAUCGUCAGGGAGACCGAGAACGACGAUGUCACCAAUGUCAUCCAGAAGAUGAUCUGUGAGUACAGUCAGGAGGUGGCCUCCAUUGCUAUCGACACCACCCAGCACUUGGCUGAGAUAUUUGGUAAAGUUCUUCAAAGUGAUGAAUAUGAGGAAGUUGAAGACAAAACAGUCAUGGCCAUGGGGCUCUUACACACCAUCGAUACCAUCCUCACAGUUGUGGAGGACCACCAGGAGAUUACGCAGCAGUUAGAGAACAUCUGUCUGCGGGUCAUUGAUCUUGUUUUGCAGAGACAUGUAAUUGAAUUCUAUGAGGAAAUCCUUUCCCUGGCGUACAGUUUAACCUGCCACACCAUCUCCCCACAGUUGUGGCAGCUCCUGGGCAUUUUAUAUGAAGUUUUCCAGCAAGAUUGCUUUGACUACUUUACAGAUAUGAUGCCUCUCCUGCAUAAUUACGUGACAGUGGAUACCAACACUCUGCUGUCAAAUCCAAAGCACUUAGAAGUCCUGUUCACAAUGUGCAGGAAGGUACUGUGUGGAGACGCGGGAGAGGAUGCUGAGUGCCAUGCUGCCAAACUGUUAGAAGUUAUCAUUCUUCAGUGCCGAGGACGGGGAAUUGACCAGUGUAUCCCACUGUUUGUUCAACUUGUCCUGGAGAGACUGACCCGUGGGGUCAAGACCAGUGAGCUGCGCACCAUGUGUCUUCAGGUGGCGAUCGCCGCGCUGUACUACAGCCCCGAGCUGCUGCUGCACACGCUGGAGCAGGUCCAGCUGCCGCACAACCCAGGGCCUGUCACCGCACAGUUCAUAAAUCAGUGGAUGAAUGACACUGAUUACUUCCUUGGGCAUCAUGACCGGAAGAUGUGCAUAAUAGGACUGAGCAUCCUCUUGGAGCUACAGAGCCGACCUCCUGCGGUGGACGCCGUGGCAGCACAGAUCCUCCCAUCCAUCCUCUUCCUUUUCCUUGGCCUGAAGCAGGUCUGUGCUACUCGGCAACUGGUAAACCGCGAAGAUCGCUCAGAAGCAGAGAAAGCCAACGUGGAGGAAAACGAGGAAAUUUCCAGUGAGGAGGAGGAGACAGAUGCAGCCGCUCAAGCCAUGCAGGCUCAAAACGGCAGGGUCGAGGAGGAGGACGACGACGACUGGGAGGAAGAGGUGCUAGAGGAGACUGCGCUGGAGGGCUUCAGCACCCUGCUCGACCUGGACAGCAGUGUGGACGAGUACCAGUUUUUCACACAAGCCCUGCUGACUGUGCAGAAUCGGGACGCCGCCUGGUACCAGCAGCUCGUGGCACCCCUCAGCGAGGAUCAGAAGAGGACACUUCAGGAGGUGUACACAUUGGCGGAACAUCGAAGGACAAUGGCAGAAGCAAAGAAGAAGAUCGAGCAGCAGGGAGGCUUCACAUUCGAGAACAAGGGUGUUCUCUCCGCGUUUAACUUCGGGACUGUGCCCAGCAACAACUGAAGGCUGAGCGACCGCGAGCGCUGUGCCCGCUGCUUGUCUCACGGGGCGUGUGAGGGCCGGGGACAUGAGGGGCUGCCUCUUGGGGCCCCUGCUUUUCAGUUGCCCCUGGCAUUAGGCAGUGGACCCACCCUCCUUCCUCUUGAUCCUUCCUACCCUGGAAUAUAUAUUUUCCAACAGCCGCGGUAACGUAUGAAAUGAAAGAAAAGCAGAACAUCAAUGGGGAGGACAAAGCACGCGCCGGCCGCCAGGAGGUCAGAGUGGUGUACCGACGUGUGCGUCUCAGGUUUUUGCCAUGCAGAAUCAGUGGAUUUAUGCGGAAAACAGUGCCUUCUGUUGUACAUGAAUUAUCAGAAAAAAAUUUUUUUUCGAGUGCAUUGCAAUUUUUUUAAAGCAUAAAACAUAUUUCUAGAUAUACUGUAAACCUUGGUUGUAUGUCGACUCAUUCUGCAUUUUACUCUGAAUUUACCGUCAGGCAGUUAGUGCACGUCACUCUGGGUUCAAACAUCCCGGUACCAGGGACUUUCUUCAGGGGUUGCACAAUACGUACUGGCUCUGGUUUUCAGAUGUCUGACUUUCUUAAAAAUUGUCUUACUCUUUUCUGUCACAUUUUCCUGCCUUGAACAGAGUGAUGUUUCAGGAUCACAGAUGUUUCAGCUCUGUGGUGACAUUGGAGACUCACCAUCUCUCAGCAGCCAGCAACCUUUAGUCACCAGGCCGAAUAGCCAAACCCAGGGUUAGGAAUCACACACUUCAACCGUGGGGCAUCCGAAUACCUAGCACACGUUGGUCUUCUAAGAGGAAGGUGCUGUGUCCACACUCCGGCUUUCGGAUGGGGCUUGUGUCAGCGGUUACCUACCAUUCCAGCUGUGUCGGACCAGGGCCUGGAGCGUUUUAUAAUUCACAACGUUUUCUUUUUUAGACAGUUUUACUAUGUAUGCAAACCAGACUGGUGUCAGAUUUACAGUCCUCCCUGUAAAUCUGCAAGUUGUCCCUCCCUCAGAUGCAGCCUCCUGAGUGCUGAGUAUAUCACAACUGGUUUUUAAUUUUUUUAAGGUCAUGGUCUUGCUUGCAGUUCUGGCUGAUUUGGAACUCACUGUGUAGCUCAGGCUCACCUCAGACUUGUGGCAUCCUCCUGCCUCAGCCUCUCAAGUUGCUGGGAUUACAGCUACCACACAGAAAGACCUAAUACAUCUGUCAGCUUUCUCACAGUCUGAAAUUUCUCCAGUCUGAUUUAUCCAAGUCCUUAUUAUGGUUCAGUUUGCUGAAAUUCUCCAAGGGUAGUCUCUUGGUCAGUUGGGUUUGUAGGUGAGUGAUAAUGUCGGUAUUACAGAGGGAACCUUGCCCCGAGUUGGCCAGGAGCAGCACACGAAUCACGGGCUUUCACUCACAAAGUGAAAACGUGUCCUCAGGAGUUGACCUGUGUUCCUGGGUAUGAUACAGAUUUUCAUUUUUGUGAAACAUCUUCAGUUUAAAUUUUCAUCAGCAACUGGCAGAGCUUGUUCCAGGUGCUUCCUGUGUUACCCGCCCUUAACCAGAUUAACUCUUAAAAAUUUAGGUUACUUAAUCCAGGUGUGGUGGUGCAUGCCUUUGCUCUCAGUAUUCAGAAGGCAGAGGCAGGCAGAUCUCUGUGAGAUUGAGGCCAGCCUGGUCUACAUAGACCUACAUAGGUCUACAGGGAGACCCUGACUCAAAAAGACCAAAAAAAAAAAAAAUUUUUUUUACAGAAGUAGCUUGAAAAGCCAUAUGUUUCAAAGUAAAACGACCCCAUGUUUUCUCUCGCUUCCUAAAGCACCAAAGCGGUGUGUUACCCACAGCUGGAAGGAAAAAUGCACUGGGGGGCGUUUUAGACCUUAGAAAUGCUUCGGUUUUGCCAUGUCCCACAUGGCUUAAUUUAAAAUAGGUAAUAUGCCUUCACACUGGACUGCAGGGGCAUGCAGUUGUAGAGACUAUUUUGUGGUGAACUGUUGUCUGCAGUAUUAAAGGGAAGUAUUCUGUGCAUCACCCCAUCUUGUUUUUGAAUCCAGAGUUACCAGCCGUGCUAACCGGAAUGUGAUCUGGUUGCCUUGGAAAUGCAGGAACUUACAUGAAUGUACUGUAAAAAUAAACUGUGAUCUGAGCUCUGC